GGCCGAGGAGUGUCUGUCGUUCGCUUGUCUGCCUCUUCCUCCCCACUCCGCGCGGGUCCGAAGGCAAAACGGUUUUCUCUCUCUCUCUCUCUCUCUCUCUCUCUCUCUCUCUCUCUCUCUCGCGUUCAUUGAACCAAAAUCCAUCUUUCUUCAUCUGUUGCUAGAACAGGGAAAGCUGAAAAAAAAGGAACCAGAAAGGUCUUCACUUUCAGCAUGGUGUUAUGAGGUUCUAAUGUGUUUGGUUUUUGGAUCCAUGCCUGCAGUUUCUUUACAGCUCUUCUCAAGUUGGGGUCAUUCUUACAAUAAAGUUUUCUUAGGCCGCUAGUUUUUUUUCCCUUUUCAUUGGGGAUUUUCGCAAUUAACGGUAGAAAUGUCUGGAUUUGUGGGGGUCCUUGUUUCUGAUCCAUGGCUUCAAAGCCAGUUCACGCAAGUCGAGCUUCGCAGCCUCAAAUCGAAAUUUCUUUCAAUAAGGAAUCAAUCAGGUCGCGUCACAGUUGGAGAUUUGCCUCCUGCAAUGGUGAAAUUGAAGGCUUUUAGUGAGAUGUUUACAGAGGAGGAGAUCAAGGCUAUUUUGGGGGAAUCAUGUACCGAAAUGAGUGAUGAAAUUGAUUUUGAAUCCUUCCUCCGUGCAUUUUUAAAUUUGCAAGCCCGAGCAACAGCAAAAUUGGGUGGUUCAAAGAAUUCUUCUUCAUUCCUCAAGGCCACAACAACUACACUUCUCCACACCAUCAGUGAAUCUGAGAAAGCCUCUUACGUUGCUCACAUUAACAGCUACCUUGGAGAAGAUCCAUUCUUGAAGAAAUAUCUUCCUCUAGACCCAUCGACAAAUGAUUUAUUUGAUCUUGCAAAGGAUGGAGUUCUUCUGUGUAAGCUGAUUAAUGUAGCUGUUCCUGGGACAGUAGAUGAGCGAGCUAUUAACACCAAACGGGUUCUUAACCCAUGGGAGAGGAAUGAGAAUCAUACCCUUUGCCUCAAUUCUGCAAAGGCUAUUGGCUGCACAGUGGUCAAUAUUGGAACACAGGACUUGGUUGAGGCAAGACCCCAUCUGUUACUUGGGUUGAUUUCUCAAAUAAUUAAGAUUCAACUUCUAGCAGAUCUUAAUCUGAAAAAAACUCCUCAACUUGUAGAGCUGGUGGAUGACAGCAAGGAUGUGGAAGAACUCAUGGGUUUAGCCCCAGAAAAGGUCUUACUGAAGUGGAUGAAUUUUCAUCUGAAGAAGGCAGGCUACAAGAAGCAGGUUUCAAAUUUUUCUUCUGAUGUGAAGGAUGGAGAGGCUUAUGCUUACCUACUUAAUUCUCUUGCACCAGAACAUGGUAGCGCCUCUACAUUGGAUACUGAGGAUCCAGCUGAUAGAGCCAAAAUGGUUCUUGAACAUGCAGAGAAACUUGAUUGCAAAAGAUACCUCACUCCAAAGGACAUUGUGGAGGGUUCACCGAAUCUAAAUCUUGCAUUCGUAGCUCAAAUAUUUCAGCACAGGAAUGGUUUGUCUGUGGACAGCAAAAAGAUUUCCUUUGCUGAGAUGAUGACGGAUGAUGCACAGACUUCUAGGGAAGAGAGAUGCUUCCGACUGUGGAUUAACAGUCUUGGAAUUGCUACAUAUGUCAAUAAUCUUUUUGAAGAUGUGAGGAAUGGAUGGGUUCUUUUGGAAGUUCUUGAUAAAAUUUCCUCAGGAUCAGUUAACUGGAAGCAAGCUACAAAGCCUCCUAUCAAGAUGCCAUUUAGAAAAGUUGAGAACUGCAACCAAGUUAUAAAGAUAGGAAAGGAACUAAACUUCUCACUUGUCAAUGUGGCUGGAAAUGAUAUUGUGCAAGGAAAUAAGAAGCUCAUACUAGCUUUUCUGUGGCAGUUGAUGAGGUUUACUAUGCUCCAACUCUUGAAAAACUUGAGAUUUCAUUCACAAGGUAAGGAGAUGACAGAUGCUGAUAUAUUAAAAUGGGCAAACAAUAAAGUGAGGAAAUCAGGCAGAACUUCUCAAAUGGAGAGCUUCAAGGAUAAAAAUCUUUCAAAUGGAAUUUUCUUCCUCGAGCUUCUUGCUGCUGUGGAGCCAAGGGUUGUUAACUGGAGUCUUGUCACAAAGGGUGAAAGUGAUGAGGAAAAAAAGUUGAACGCAACAUACAUAAUCAGUGUUGCGCGAAAGCUUGGGUGUUCCAUAUUCUUGUUACCUGAGGACAUCAUAGAGGUGAACCAGAAAAUGAUCCUUACCUUAACAGCAAGCAUCAUGUACUGGAGCCUACAGCAACCAGCAGCCGAGACAGGGUCAACCCCCUCGACCCCCACUGAAGACACUUCAACCCCCGAUGGAUCACCAGCUCCUUCAAUGGAUGACAAGAGUGGAACUGUUCUGGCUGGCGCAGAGUCCAGUUUGGCUGUUGAUGAUGUCUCGGAUGCUAGUCCUUCUCCACAGAAUGGAAAUGAGGAACACUCUUCCGAAGUCAAAAAUGACGAACCCCCUUCUGAGGUCUGAAUUGCAGAACCCUCUCUACAGGUUGAAAAGGACACUCUUGAUAGAGAAUGAGAAAAACACUGCAACUAGCCAAAUUCUUUUUCCAUAUUUUACGCCUCCAGACAGAACAGAGGAAAAACCCAAAGGUAGAUAGAGGAAAAGGCUAGAGUUAGCUGAUAGUUGCACAUAUUUUUUCUGCAAGAGAAAUGUGCAUUCUGAAUGUGCUCGUAAACCAGAGGAAAAAAAUUAUGUAAAUUUUCCUUGUGUAAGUAGAGUAUUCAUUUCUUUGGAAUAUUCUUUCUGAAAAUUCAUGUCCUAGGAUGGAUAUGGCUGUGCAUUCCCAAACCCUAUGGCACCAAAAGAUGCUGUUUCUUUCAUGGUGCUAGUUUAGGAUACAAGAACAAGAGAAAUCACUCCCAGAGCUUGAAGCAAGACGUGGGUACAGAGCUCUGUCGCUUUGUUUACGCUGGACAUGAAGCUGGUUGUUUAAAUUGGACACCGAGCUUCAUCACUUUGCUUUCACAAGCUUGGUGUGGGCACUGUAGUGUCUCACAGAAGCUUUGGGUGCAAGGAAUGACUCUUUAUUUAAGCUCCAGCAAAAACAUGGAAGGAGAAUAUGAAAGAACUUGCCUUCUUUAUUUCAUUUUGUAAACAAGGAAGAGGAUAAAAUAUAUAGCAAAUGAGCAAACACAAAUUUCAUUAUAAAUGUUAUGAUUUAAUUUUUCUUAA